GUCUCUCCAACCUAUAAAAGCUAAGCUUUGUCAUCACAUUUUUGCAGAUAGUGAUAAAGCUACAUCAAACUGGUUUGGAAUAAUAGGGAACUCAAAGAAAAAAGAAAGAGAAGAAAGAAAAUGCCUUCCCAAAAAAGGGUUAUGUGGAAAUCCUUCAUAGUUGGUUGUUUCAAAGACAAUCCCUUUUCCAAUUCUUCCUUGGACGAAACACACACAUCAUCAGUUUCAAAAAAGACACUUUCUAGGAGAAUCUCGCUCUCUGAUCUGAGCAAUUCUUCAUCACAGUCUAUAAUGAGUGAUUUGUCAAAUUCCCUCACAGGAAUUGGAUCAAACAUUCAUAUUUUCACUUACCAGGAGCUGAAAGAGAUCACACAUGGGUUCAGCAAGAACAAUUUCCUCGGCGAAGGUGGAUUCGGAAAGGUUUAUAAAGGGUUCAUUGAUGAGAAAUUUAAGCCCAGGCUUGUGCCUCAGGUUGUUGCUGUUAAGGCCCUCAAUUUGGAUGGCAAACAAGGACACAGAGAGUGGUUGGCUGAAGUAAUCUUCUUGGGGCAGUUGAAGCAUCGCAAUCUGGUGAACUUAAUUGGAUACUGCUGUGAAGAUGAACACAGGCUUCUUGUCUAUGAAUACAUGGAAAGGGGCAAUCUGGAAGAGAAGCUUUUCAAAGGUUAUUUAGCAACAUUGCCGUGGCUAACAAGAAUCAAAAUAGCAAUUGGGGCUGCAAAGGGACUUUGUUUCCUUCAUGAAGAAGAAAAGCCAGUCAUAUACAGAGAUGUUAAAGCCUCAAACAUUCUGUUAGACGCUGAUUACAAUGCGAAGCUGUCGGAUUUCGGUUUAGCAAUAGAUGGACCAGGGGAAGAUCAAACACAUGUUACAACUCGUGUCAUGGGUACCCGCGGUUAUGCUGCUCCUGAGUAUAUCAUGACAGGUCAUUUGACAACCAUGAGCGACGUGUAUAGCUAUGGAGUUGUUCUGUUAGAGCUACUAACGGGAAGAAAAUCAGUGGACAAGAAACGGCCAAGCAGAGAGCAAGAUUUAGUAGAGUGGGCAAGGCCAAUGCUAAAGGAUUCUCUUAAACUUGAGAGAAUAAUGGACCCAAGACUUGAGGGUCAGUACUCAACACAAGGUGCAAGAAAGUUAGCAUCUUUGGCUUACCAAUGCCUAAGCCACCACGCAAAGAAUAGGCCUUCAAUGCGAACCGUGGUUAAGACCUUGGAGCCUCUCUUGGAACUUAACGAUAUCCCAAUUGGUCAUUUUGUUUAUGUGGCCCCCACUGAAGUGGUUGUUGUAACCGAUUGUUCUUGUUAUGACAACAGCAAUAUUAACGAAGAAGGUAAAGUUGAAGAGGAAAUAAAGGGAGAGAAAAAGGAGAAGGAGAAGGGUCGCAAUAAUUUAAAGAAGGAGCGAAAAAGUCGUAGCCGUAGGUGUAGGGUUAAGCCAAUCAGGUCUCGUGCUGUUUACUCUGACACUGCUCUGUAUAAGACUCUUGCUACCAGUCCCUACUUUCCCAAACAAGGACCAGAGACACAUAAUUGUGAUGGAAAUCGCCCCAUAUUGCCAAUUUAGUCACCUCCUCAUAUCAAAUUAUUUUAAGAUGAAAAUUUAAGUGUAGUUAACUUCACGUAAAGUUAAUAAUGGAGAGUCGUUAAAUAAAAAUUUAUUUAAA